UUUCGUGGCGUUGCACUGCGUUGUGUAGCGUAGCGAGCGGCGCUUUGCGUUUGCAAAUUUUUUUUUUGGCGCAUGUGCCGCGGUGUUGGCCGUUCCGAGCCUAUGCGUAUGCGUUCGGGGUAUGUAUGUGUCGCGCGUGUGUGCCGUGUGUGUUAGGCAGGCGUACGUAUGCGCACGACGAGGGCGACGACAGCGACAGCGACAACAACGGUGUGUGUGUGUGUGUGUGGUGUCGUUGUCGGGAGGAAAGGUACGGCUGGCGGGCUGCUAGAAUGCCAGGAGCGUGUGGAGGCUCUCUGUUCCGCUGGAGGACGUGAGGCGCGACGCUUCGUUUGACGGUCGUGCAGCCGCCACACAUACACACACACACACACACACACACACACACACAAAGACACACACGGGCGGACAGACACACGCACACACGGAACCCUCGUUUUCACCGACGCAGAGAGAGUGACAUACACACACACGGGAGGAAGGUUUCUAUUUUUUUCUCGCUCCUGGACUCUCCGACGCAGCACGACACUGCACAGCACGGAAGAGGGAACCUCAGCUACGCUCAGCGCAACACAGGCCCUGGGAAACGAUAGAAGAGCUGGCCUGCUAUCCCUCGUUCAUUCUCUACCUCCCUCUCUCCCUCUGUCUCUCUCCUCCUUCUCCUCCUCCUCCUCCUCCUCCUCCCCUCCUCCCUCCCUCUCUCACGCUCCCACUCCCUCACGCGACGCACAGGGACUCGUUUUUUUUUUCCCCUGAAUUUUCAACUCCCCCCUUUCCUUUUUUUCCUGCUUCUUCUUCUUCUUCUUUGGCAGGGGAGAGAAGGGUUCGUCAUCCUUCCCCCCCCCAUCCUACCCUCCUCCUCCUCCUCCUCCUCUCCAUCCAUACAUCCAUUCUUUUUUUUUCUCUCCUUCUUCUCCUCCUGGUGGUUGGUGUUGGUGGCCUCCUCUUCUCCUCCACCUCCUCCUCCUCCUCCCCCUCUUCCACCUCUCCUCCUCUCUCGUUUUUUCCCCGUGCCCCUGGUCUAUUCUUCGUGAGGGGCUGCAUUGGAAGAGAAGACCUCCAUGUAUGACAAUCUGUAUCUGCAUGGAUUUGAAGACUCGGAGGCGGGCUCAGCGGAUUCCUACACUAGCAGACCGUCGGACUCUGAUGUGUCUCUGGAGGAGGAGAAGCCCGACUCGGGCGGCGGCAGCCAGGGGCGGCAGGAGCGCGAGCAGCAGGCCGCCAUACAGCUGGAGAGGGCAAAGACCAAAGCUGUGGCCUUUGCCGUGAAGACCAAUGUCGCCUACUGUGGUGCCCUGGAUGAGGAUGUUCCUGUGCCUGGCACUGCCAUCUCUUUUGAUGCCAAGGACUUCCUGCACAUAAAAGAGAAGUACAACAAUGACUGGUGGAUCGGGCGGCUAGUGAAGGAGGGCUGUGAGAUCGGCUUCAUCCCCAGCCCUCUGAAGCUGGAGAACAUCCGCGCCCAGCUGGAACAGAAAAAGAGCCGCAUGCAAGGUAAGUCCAGUGGAAGCUCCUCCUCCAGUCUGGGAGAUGUGAUGUCAUCAGGAAAACAGAAGCAGAAAGUGACUGAGCAUGUGGCUCCCUAUGACGUGGUCCCCUCAAUGCGGCCUGUGGUCCUGGUCGGACCCUCCUUAAAAGGCUAUGAGGUGACAGACAUGAUGCAGAAGGCCCUCUUUGACUUCCUCAAACACCGCUUUGAUGGCAGGAUAUCUAUCACCCGAGUCACAGCAGACAUAUCAUUGGCCAAGAGAUCUGUUCUGAACAACCCCAGCAAAAGAGCCAUAAUAGAACGCUCCAACACCAGAUCCAGCCUGGCCGAGGUGCAGGGUGAGAUUGAGCGCAUCUUUGAGUUGGCACGUUCACUGCAGCUGGUGAUUCUGGACGCUGACACCAUCAACCACCCAGCCCAGCUGCUCAAGACCUCCCUAGCUCCCAUCAUAGUACACGUCAAAGUCUCCUCGCCAAAGGUCCUGCAGAGGCUUAUAAAGUCGAGGGGGAAAUCUCAGAGCAAGCACCUGAAUGUGCAGCUGGUGGCAGCCGACAAACUGGCCCAGUGUCCUCCUGAGAUGUUUGACAUCAUCCUGGAUGAGAACCAGCUGGAGGAUGCGUGUGAACACCUGGCCGAAUACCUGGAGGCCUACUGGAAGGCCACACACACCUCCAGCAGCACCCCCCUGAACCCCCUGCUGGGGCGCAACCUGGGACCCACCGCCCUCGCACCCUACCCCUCAACCAUCUCUGGUCUACAACAGCAGGGUCAGCAGCAGCGGUUGCGGCACACCAACCACAGCUCCUCCGUCGACCACUCCACCGCCAACGAGCGCCGCAACCUCAUGACCUCCGACGAGAACUACCACAACGAGCGCGCUCACAAGGGCCGUGGCACCCGCCAACAGCACGGCGGAGGUGGAGGAGGAGGUGGAGGAGGAGGAGGAGGAGGAGGUGGAGGAGGUGGGGGUCGCGACCCCUACGGAAUGGCCGAGCAGGGCUACCAGGACCCCUACCAGGACACGUACAAGCCGCACCGCAACCGCGGCUCGCCCGGAGGCUACAGCCAGGACUCCCGGCACCGCCUCUGAGC